GGCCGUUUUACAGAUACAUCAGUUAUGGUAACGAUAUAAAGCAGGUUUAUUUUUUUUUAGACAUCUAGCGACUAUCACAAGUUACACCGCGCAGUGCCUUAAAGCUUUGUAUGAGGAUUAAGAUGAGCCCAUAGUGUCUUGUUGAAAACAGCACUGCUGCCUUCUAAUGUCUGAAUGUGUGCAUUUAUCUCCAGAUACGAGAAGCAUACUGUCUGUGUGUACAGUAGUGGAAAAAUACACCACACAGGCCCAUUAUCUGAAAUGCUCCGUGGCAGCGUUACGCAUGAUAAUAUUACAUUUUAGGGGUAAAUCUGCUAUGGCGAUCUAUAGUGUGGCCAAAAACGCCAUUUUACUUUUGUAGGUGCUUUGUUCCAAUUUGGCUUGACAUACAAAACUUGGUGUGUAGGUCGGGUUAGGCGUUUUUUUAUAUCAGGCUUCCGUUCUGUUUGGGUGCCAGACGCCAGAAGUUGUGGAUAGCCGUGCUAGCGAGCUGGUUUAGCCGGCUAGUUAGCCUGGUGGUGCGGCUAGGUAGCCAGCCUGCUAGCGCUGUUGUCUCCUGCUAUCCCCGAGCAAGGCCGCCAUUGAGGCCGUAUUUGCUGCCGCAUUAAGGAGGGCUUUGGUCUGCAGGAAGCGCCCUUCUACUUUUAGACCACGGUUAUUUCAGCAGCAACGGCUUGACCAGAAAAGACUUGUGUGCAGCGCUGAAUCAGGAGGAUCUCCUCUAACCCAAGUCCCUACAAAGUUAUCAUCCGGCAAUAAAACGGAGGUCGUUGGGCUGGAGUGUGUUCUCAUGGCGGAGUCAGAGACUGAAUGUGACACACCCGGCCUUGACACGCUUGGGUCGGAGUGUGUCAUAGCCCACAGCCAGGUCGACCUUCACUAUGGUGCAGAGACGGAGAUCAUGACUGAGGAAAAGCGUGGUUUAGAGCUGGAGAUCCAUGGCUCUGACCUGGCCAAGAUCCAGGGCCUAGGCACAGAGCUCGGAGCGGUGACCUGUGUGGAAGCCAUAGUAGCGGAGACGGACCACGACUACAUCAAAGUGGAGCACGGCGAAAUGCAUUGUUUCACGGGGGACGUUAGAUCGGCUAACUUCGGGGAAGUGCUGCUGAAGGGCGAACAUGACCACGUGGUGAAGGUGGAGUCGGACCACGGCGGGGAGCUGACGGUGGAGUCAGAGAACGGCGUCAUCAUUCACGAGGCCCACGGCCUGCAGUGCAACGAGUGCGGUGAAAUCUUCGGAAGCAUCGCCGAUCUUCACCAGCAUUUUGAGAUCCACAAAGAUCUCAACCCGUACAUAUGUGUUCACUGCGGUGAGAGCUUCGCUGUGGAAGCCAGCCUUAAGCAGCACAUGAAGAUCCACAUGAAAGAAAAGCCCUACGUCCCCACCGGCGUUGACAUGGUGGGCAAAGGAAUGAUGGACUCCUUCACCUUCAAGUCUCAUCAGAUGAUCCACCUGGCAGAGAAGCCCCACCGGUGUUCAGAGUGUGGCAAGAGCUUCGCGGCUGCCAUCACCCUAAGAGAGCACAUGAAAAUGCAUUCGGAGGACAAGCCCUACAAGUGUACCCAGUGCAGAAAGAGCUUUGUGCGCCGGAGGCAUCUGAAGAAGCACCAGGAGCUCCACGCACGCGACAAGCCUUAUACGUGUGGCCAGUGUGGCAAGGGCUUUGCCACCACUUCCAACCUUAAGCAGCACCAGAAGACCCAUGCGGCGGCCAUGGGCGACAAACCCCACCGCUGCACACAGUGUAGCAAGUGCUUCGCCGCCGCCGCCACCCUGAAAGAGCACCAGCGGGUCCACUCCGGCCAGAAGCCGUACAAAUGCAACCAGUGCAGGAAGAGUUUUGUUCGCAAGCGCCACCUGAAGAAACAUCAGCUUGUCCAUGCCGGAGGUAAGCCUUACACCUGCUCCCAGUGCGGCAAGGGCUUCAACCACUCCUCCUCCCUUUCCCGACACCACAAGAUCCACCUGCGGGAGAACAACAUGUACGCCGCCGUGCCGAGCGGCAAGGGCUUCGGCUACGGGAAUGCCGUCAAGAGGGAGCACCAACAGGGCGACAAGCCCUACAUGUGCCACCACUGCGAAAAGGGCUUCAACCAUUCCUCUUCUCUGUCGCGGCACCAGAGGGUCCACUCCGACGGGACCUUGUACACCUGCCCCCACUGCGGAAAGCGAUUCAACCACUCGUCCUCGCUGACCCGUCACCAGAGGGUGCACAUGGAUGAUAAGCCGCAUAUUCUCAGCCAUGGUCAGCAGCAGCAAGAUCGAGAGCAGAAGCAACUGUUGCAGCAGCAACUGUUGCAGCAGCAGCAGAUGCAGGAGUACAACGCAAUCCCCUCGGGAAAAGGGUUCUCCCAUACCAUCACCAAACAGCGCCUGGCCGACGGAGACAAGCCAUACAGAUGCUCCCAGUGCGGGAAAGGCUUCAACCACUCGUCGUCGCUCUCCCGGCAUCACAGGGUUCACAGUUGCGCUAAUGAGGCAGCUGUGAGAUGAUUUGCAAUUGACCCUCUUAUUAUAUUGGAGGUACCCCGUGAUUGUUCUGGGCAUAGUCAGGACCUUUUGAAUGCUUUUAAAAGGAAACAAAAAAAAGUGAUUUGAUAUACUAACAAUGUUACCUGGACGGCGCUUGCCCUUCUGACUUGGCUAUUUGAGGCUGAAUUCAAUGAAAUAUACCUUCAGGCAGGCAUAUGUAACUUCAUGUGAUGUGGCUCACUGGGCGACUGAUUGGUGAUCAAGAAAAGUUCUAUUGUCUUGAGGAUAUCAAUUGGCGAUUUCUCCUAUCAGUCCAUGUUUAGCAAAAAAAAAAGAAAUUCUAUGUAAAUAAUUGGAAGAUUUCUUUUAUAUAUAUGUAUAGGUUACUUGUGUGCUGUUAUGAUCCAGAAGAUGACAUUUUUGAUAGCAGGAUCCACUCUGGCGCCAACCCAUUUUUUUCCCCCUUUUUCGCUACCAUAGUAGCGUGCGCUACCAGACACUUCAUGUGCGCUCACCCUGCAGUAAAACAAUUAAUGUCUCGAAUCAAACAAUCUAACUUAAUCAAUUCUUCAUCCUGCUGUUUUUCUUUGUUUCUCCCUUCGUUUAGACUACAUGGUUUUUGUACUGUUGUACAGAUGGCAGAUUUAGCCUAGGCCUGCCUCUCUGGGUUCCAUUUUAGCUUUGAGGAAAAUACGUAAUGUUAAAUAAACAUACUGCAUAGCAUACUGCAAAAUGCCCCGUGUCCUUAUUUAAAGUUUUAUUUCCCCCGUGAACUCGAGCAUCACCUGAAUGCAGAGGCAGAUUCUUCAGUGGUUUGUAGUAAAUCAUUUAUCUGUCUACUGGAUAGCUUAAUCUUGUGAUGUUUGAUGCAAAAUUGUCACAAUUUGGUCAAACUGCUUAUUACAAUGUAAAUAUAAAGACAAUUGCAAGACUAAAGAGAACUUUCUUCAAGAUUACCCACCUGAUUCCAUGGGAUUGCGCUCUAUUAACUGGUCUGUGUAAAAUAUCUUUUACAAACGUGUAUUUUUUUUAGACAUGGCUUGGGUCAUGUGAAAGGGAACGAGAAAUACAGUUUUUAUGGGUGGUGAAAUGGUGAGCAAUAUUAUCUUUUGGAUAACAAUUGUGCUUCAAACUGUAGCAUAGGUUUCUUGUGUUAGAUAGGUGCCUUAUUGCAUGCCAUGUAGAAAUGUAUGCUAAGCAGUUAUUUGGAAAGAAGUUAGGGUUUUCAGGAUUUUCGUUCUUAUUAUACUUACCCAACAUUUUAAUUUGAAGUCACUGAUCCCUUUUUUCCUUUUAUUUUUGCUUUUAUGUAUAUUACCGUUGACACUGUUAUGAUCAUUAUUGUCUUUAAUUUCUUCCAUCCUUGUCAAUGACCUCCAAUGUAGAGCAAAAUAACCCAUGAUCAGUAAAGGCCUUGAAGGGGAAAUCUGUAACAUCUUCCGGAUUUGAUUGGCACAUGUAUGGAUCAAUAAAGGUCAUUGACUCUCUCUAGUUUCCUGUCUCUCUAGUAAUCUGAGCUCAAAAUGAGAUUACGUGAUUAAUUACUCUGAAGAGGUUUGGGCCAAGAAUAUUGGAAGGCUGUCGUGGUUCAUUACCGCUGAUCUGGAGCUAGGGGGAGAUGUGCCUGCAGUUUUUUGCUUUUAGCACACGGUGGCGCAAUUUAUCCGCAGUACUGCAUGCCUGAUGCAGAUUCUAACAUCUAACAAGGAGUGUAACGUAAUCUGGCCAUUCACUUGGGAAUAGUACAUUAGAAACUUGGACAAAACAAGUGCUACCACUACAAUCCAGAGAGUGGUGGCUGGUUCACCAGCCUUAUUCACUGCCUGGGUACAGGCAUAUGCUCUCUAAAAAUGUAUCAAUAGAAAGCAACUCAUCUACUAAACAGCCAUUGGUUUUAUGGAGAUGUGGGCUGAAAGGUCUCCCGCUGUUAAACCAACCAAUCCCUCUAGAAUCACACAAUGCUUUCCAAGCCUUGCUGGAAGGCAGUAUCACAAACUAACACUCAAUGAUAAGUUGUCCUUUAAU